AUGAACACCGAUAUUUCGAUCCGAGAGACCCGAGCCGCGCCACGGCGCACGAGCAUCCUCGAGAGCGUCAGGGCAUCGGAGAUCGGGGCGUUCUUUGACCCGACACAGACAUCGGCAGAAAACGGUACCGCCUCGGUUCUAUCCUCCACAAUCAACCUAUGCAACACGCUAAUGGGGACUGGCAUGCUUGCUAUGCCGACGGUGAUUGCGGUAUCGGGGUGGAUUCCUGGGCUCGUGCUGCUUUUCCUAAUGUGCUUCUGCAACAUCUUCACGGUAGAGGUUGUGUUCCGACUGUGUCGCAUCGCGGGCCCCCCGACGAGCCUCAGCGAGAUCGGAGACAAGGCUGCCGCCCGCGGCUCCAUUGUGAUCGACCUGGCGGUUGCGCUCAACUGCAUCGGAGUGGCGAGCUCCUACGUCAUCAUCUCGACGGGCAACUUCUAUUACACCUUUGGCGGUCCGCGCUCCGUGUGGGUGCUUGUGACCAUUGCCAUCGCGACGCCGCUCGCGUUCAUCAAGGACAUGGACUCGCUGAGGCACACCUCCUUCGCCGCCGUCGCCAUCCUCCUAUACAUCGUCGUGCUCGUCGCCGUCUACGCGAUUAUCGGCACUUGCGACGGCGACAAGUCCAACGGCGAGUACUGCCCGCCUGGCGAGACCGCCGUGGCCACCGACUUUGUGGGGGCGCUCCGCUCGUUCGGUGAAAUGGGAACACUUGGAGUGCGCAUCCCUCCCAUCUACAACGAGAUGGACACGCCGACGCCGGAGCGGUGCACCAAAGUGAACGGUAUGGGCUUCGGGCUGGUCACCUCGCUCUACGUGACGGUCGCUGUGUGCGGCUACUACACCUUUGGUGAUAUCACACCGUCCAACAUCAUUGACGCCUAUCCCAAUAACGCGCCGGUCGCAGUGGCGCGAGUCGGACUCAGCUUAGUUGUCAUCUUCUCGUAUCCGAUCAUGGUGUUCGGCGAGUCCAAGGAUUCCAGGGAUGUGUCUCUUGUGUCGCGCCUGACCCUUAAGUCGGUGGCUAUCCCGGAGGACCGCAACCGGCGCGACCUGCUCCCCCUGCGCACCUACUCGUGCGGCUCCAAGUUCGAGACGAAGCGCCGCCGUGUCGUGAUCACCCUCAGCUUUAUCGCCUUCACCACCCUGAUUGGGCUGGUUCUGACUGACAUCGGAAUCGUCGUCGACCUAGUAGGAUCCGUGUGCGGCUCCAUGAUCUCCUUCGCUUUCCCCUGCUGGGCCUACUACAUGCUCUUCCCGGAGCAACGCAAAUCGCCCUUCUCCAUCAUCGCCUCCGUCCUCUUCGUCUUGGGUCUCGUUCUGAUCCCCCUCGGCGUCACGCUGACGGUCCUUUGA